AUGACAUCGCCACAUCCCUCAUCCCCGCAAAGCUGUCAUCCGUUCCUGACACUCCCCCUCGAACUCCGCCUCCUCAUCUGGGAAACCUUUGGCUCACAACCCCGCGUCUUCGAAUACAGAGAAGACACCCACCUCAUCAAGCCUCCCCACGAGUACCGCCACCCACGCGCCGCCGGCCUCCUCACAAACGCCGAAUCGCGAAAAGCAACCCGCGCCCUCUUCCGGCCCUUCCCGCACCCGUACGACAUCCAAAAGGAUUCCCGCCCGUCGCCACCGCCCCUGGAAUUCGUCCCGUCUUCGGAUAUCAUCUACCUCCCACCGCUCGUCUACCGCAGACGCCUCGGCGCGUGGGAUUCGCUGUGGACCACGAAACCGGGCAUCGAGAAUGUUGGAAUUCACUGGUCUGUUCUCCUCGAUGAGCGGCGUAUCGCGGAGGCGCUGCGGGCUUGUUCGCGCUGUUUCACCGAUGUGAGGAGGUUGUCCGUCUUCGUCGAAUUUAAGCCGCUACCACAACCGGAGGAAGAAGUUGGUAAUGGCGGGAUUGUGAGGUUGUUGGGUCCUGCAGAGGAUGAGUACCGCCUGCCGAGUUUAUAUGCCGAGGCGCAUGGGUUGAUGGAUGAGUUUUGGACGUGGGGGGAGUUGAGGGCGGCACUUGAGAAGGUUAGGAAGGCGAUGAAGUGGACGCCUGAGAUUGAAGGGGUGUUGUAUACCAGAGAGAUGGAGGAGGCAUCUGCUUUCUGA